UCGCGGUGGAAUGUGGAACUGAGUGAAUCUGUAAACGUGUGCUAUAGUCUCUCAGCGCAUUGUCUUCGCUAACAGUCCGUGGUGCUCCUUCAUGCCGACGAGAGCUUCUCCAGCACCACUCCCGUGUUCGAGUACAUUUGGCGCCGAGCAUGAGCAAAAUGGAAGUUAAAUGGCUGGCAAACGGAGUUGUUUAGUGCGCCUCACGGGGACAAGAAUGUCCCAGACAAGGGACGUGAACUCUUACCCAGAUGGGUACAGGGUCCUCAAUAGCAGUGAACUACGGGAGCUCCUUCAAGAUGAAGAAAAAAUUAAUCAGAUCGUGCGACUCAGUGAAAAGUUCCAGGAACUCGAGCUGGACAGGGAAACCUUGUUAGUAACCAAUCGGAGUCUUGCAGAAGACAGCCUUUCAAAUCGCCCUCAUCUUCAAAACGGCAAGCUGCGAUUGGCUGCAAAGUACGAGGAGCUGGCAAAGCUGACCACUGCCUGCAGGGAAAAGCAAAGCCGACUUGAGGCCUUCACGGAGAAGCACAGCCCUCAGACUGCCCACAAUCUGCUCCAGGAGGAGGUCGCACGUGCCGAAGAACAGUCUGAGGAGUUGCUGGAGAGGUUCAUGGAGGGCCACGUGCCCCUGGAGGAAUUCCUUGAUUCUUUUCAAAGCCACAGGAAGACGUACCAUAUCCGCCGCGCUCAAGCCGAGAAGCUCCAGGAGUUCAACAGACCCGACAGGAAAGCGAAGAAGCGGGAGGAGGAGCAAAAGAGGGAGGAGGAACAGAAGGAUUCCCGUCCCAACGGCUUCAGCGCUCACCACGGCCCUCCUCGUGUCUUCCAGCUCAGAUACGGUCUGACCCCGGCCAUCCUGCUGCCUCUUUCCCCUUCCUCGGCUUCAGUCCUUCCUCCUCUGGACUCACGCUCAUGCCACCCGCAGGUCUCAGGGCCUGGCGCUCCUCACUCCUGCCCCGGCCAGCCCGUUGGCCUGAGAGUAAUAGGACAGUUACCCGGCUGGCCGGUGAGGCCGGUCCGAUUGCAACAGCUGUACAGGCCCAGUCCCCAUCAGUCCGAGCCUCCGUGUCGAUAACGCUCAGCACCGCGAGUUUGACGUGAAAGCAAAAGUCCACAAAUUACGCAAAGACCACGUGAAGCCUUCAUCGAGUCGAUAUAUAAUACUGAUGCUGCCAUGAAAUCAAACUAGGGCUUCACAAUUAAUCGCAAUGAAACCGCAUGCGAUUUGGCAAAGGCUCCCAUUAUUUAAUGCGCAGCUUGUCAGUGCAGCACGACUGAUCGGUAGUAAAUGCUGCUCCAUCUGAACGCCAGAGGGCGCUCUCACGCAGACACGCCAAAUAUGCCCCGCCGCAGAAGUACGAUAACACA